CGCUCCUCGCCCGCCUCCCCGUCGCGCCCCCGAGAGCCGAGCCGAGCCGGGCUGAGCUGGGAGCAGGAGCAGAGCCCAGCGCAGACCGCCCGCGCUGCUCCCCGCCCAGACCCUCCGCCCCGCUUCCUCUGGUGCCCGCACGGCUCGGGAGACGGGAGCGGCCCCGAGGGGUCGGUCCCGGGGCCGCGCCCGCCCGACACCGGCAGCAACUUUGCCGCCCCGGCCGUCGUCGCCGCUCUCCGCCGCGGUGCGAGCGCUUAGGCGGCGCGGUGAUUAAUCCCUGCAAGAGUUUUGCAAAGCUCUUAAGCACUCUAAACCUGCGCGCAGCGACCGCCUUUCUCCGGCGUUGCUGGAGAGGAGGAAUUAGUGCUUGCGCUUAUCCGGAGAGGGGAGGUGUUUUCCACAAGGGACCUGUCCUCGCCACCAACUGCCCGCAGCGGCGGGAGGAUGUAAAUAGGCAGCACGAGGCCGGUGCGAUGCUGGGGAGGAGGCAGCGGUCCCGGGAAAGGGCGGAGCGCCGGAGGGGGGGUCCUCCCGGCGCUGCACUUGCUACAUUAACUCGGCGCGUCGGAGACGGCGACACAACUUUGCGGGUUUGCCCCGGGAGGCGGUAGGAAGAGCCUCCCCGCCGCUCCACUGCGCUCCCCUCCCUCCCUCCCCGCGGCGGGCGCCGGCGGCAGCGGCGUGGCGGCUGCCCCCGCCCCGGCGAGGCAGGCUGUCGGCGGGAGCCGGGCGGGCAUGCCUCCCGCUCCCAGCCCCGCCGAGCGGGGCGGCCGCCGCCUCUGAGGGGAGCCGGGCGAGCUCCGCCGCCUCCCUGCCAUGCAGCCCCUCCGCGCCCCCGUCGCCCUGCUCUGCCAGGUGCUGAGUGCCUGGGCCGCCUGCGCCCUCGUCCCCGCCGCAGCCGCCGGGCUGCCGGCGCCCCCGGAGCGCGCCCGCCCGCCGCCAGCCCCGACGCCCCUCGCCCCGGGCCGGCGGGCGGCCGCGGCUCUGCCCGGGCGCGGAGCCCUCCCCGGCGGGGCCGGGGCCGCCGCAGCCGGCGGGGCGGCGGGGCCCGGCGGCAGCGCCCGCGGGGCGGCGGGGGCCGGGCGGCGGCGGGCGCGGAGCAGCGGGCGCGGAGCCGGCGUGGCGGCGGGCGGUCCCCGCUGGCUGCCCCUGAACGGCUCGGCCGGCGGCGAGGGCAGCGCCGGGGGCCGCGGCAACGCCACGGGGCGCCGCGCCCGCCUCCGCAACCCCUUCUACCCGCUGACCGAGGAGUCGUACGGCGCCUACGCCGUCAUGUGCCUCUCCGUGGUGAUCUUCGGCAUCGGCAUCAUGGGCAACAUGGCAGUGAUGUGCAUCGUCUGCCACAACUACUACAUGCGGAGCAUCUCCAACUCCCUGCUGGCCAACCUGGCCUUCUGGGACUUCCUCAUCGUCUUCUUCUGCCUGCCGCUGGUCAUCUUCCAGGAGCUCACCAAGAAGUGGCUCCUAGAAGACUUCUCCUGCAAAAUCGUCCCGUACAUCGAGGUGGCCUCUCUCGGAGUCACCACAUUCACACUGUGUGCCCUCUGCAUCGACCGAUUUCGUGCCGCCACCAACGUGCAGAUGUAUUACGAGAUGAUCGAAAACUGCACCUCGACGACCGCCAAGCUGGCCGUCAUCUGGGUGGGCGCGCUGCUGCUGGCCCUGCCGGAGGUUGUGCUGCGCCAGCUGGCAAAGGAGGACCCCGAAUACAGCGGCAGCCCGCCGGGGGAGCGGUGCGUGGUGAAGAUAUCCACCGCGCUACCUGACACCAUCUACGUGUUAGCUCUCACUUACGAUGGGGCAAGACUCUGGUGGUACUUUGGCUGCUAUUUUUGUUUGCCUACCCUUUUCACUAUUACCUGCUCCCUGGUAACAGCGAGGAAAAUCAGGAGGGCAGAAAAGGCUUGCACAAGGGGGAACAAGCGACAAAUUCAGCUGGAAAGUCAGAUGAACUGCACAGUGGUGGCUUUGACCAUUUUAUAUGGGUUUUGCAUCAUUCCUGAAAACAUUUGCAACAUUGUGACUGCCUACAUGUCCACAGGGGUCUCUCGGCAGACUAUGGACCUCCUGCAUCUCAUUAGUCAGUUCCUUUUGUUCUUUAAGUCCUGUGUUACCCCCGUUCUCCUUUUCUGUCUCUGUAAACCUUUCAGCCGGGCCUUUAUGGAGUGUUGCUGUUGCUGCUGUGAUGAAUGCAUCCAGAAGUCUUCAACAGUGACAAGUGAUGACAAUGACAAUGAGUACACCACAGAGCUGGAGCUCUCCCCUUUCAGUACCAUCCGUCGCGAAAUGUCCACGUUCGCCUCUGUGGGGACUCACUGCUAAUUGUCCUUAGGUCUUUAUUUUCUGUAUCUUCUUCCUUUUCCUUCUUUUUUUUUACUUCAUAUUUUUCUUCUUGAGGCAAAAUGC